AUGAACGGGUGGAACAAAUCCAAAUCCGUCAAUGAAACUGAAUCUCAAAGUCUCAGUUUCUCAGAAUCUCAGAAUCUCAGAAUCUCAGAAUCUCAGAAUCUCAGAAUCUCAGAAUCUCAGAAUCUCAGAAUCUCAUAUCUCAGAAUCUCGGAAUCUCAGAAUCUCAGAAUCUCAGAAUCUCAGAAUCUCAGAAUCUCAGAAUCUCAGAAUCUCAGAAUCUCAGAAUCUCAGAAUCUCAGAAUCUCAGAAUCUCAGAAUCUCAGAAUCUCGGAAUUUCAAAGUCUCAUAAUCUUAGAAUCUCAGAAUCUUAGAAUCUUAGAAUCUCAGAAUCUCAGAAUCUCAGAAUCUCAGAAUCUCAGAAUCUCAGAAUCUCAGAAUCUCAGAAUCUCAGAAUCUCAGAAUCUCAGAAUCUCAGAAUCUCAAAAUCUCAGAAUCUCAGAAUCUCAGAAUCUCAGAAUCUCAGAAUCUCAGAAUCUCAGAAUCUCAGAAUCUCAGAAUCUCAGAAUCUCAGAAUCUCAGAAUCUCAGAAUCUCAGAAUCUCAGAAUCUCAGAAUUUCAGAAUCUCAGAAUCUCAGAAUCUCAGAAUCUCAGAAUCUCAGAAUCUCAGAUUUUCAGAAUCUCAAAGUCUCAGUUUCUCAGUAA